AGCGCGAGGCGGCCGAGCUCGACGCCAAGAUCGGCCAGCUGAAAGACUGCGUCGACAGUCUGGUCCGCAUGCAACAAAGGAGCUUGGAAUCAAACCUCUUCAACAAGAGCAACGAACUUCAGGAGGAGAUUGGCACGAAGCGAUUCGACCUUCAAGUGGCGCAGAUCCACUACGCGGCCGUCAAAGCUCAGCGCGACCUGUUUGCAAGCAAAGUUGAGGCGUCCGGAGAGGGAGGCCGGGAACGGAAGUCCAGCGGCAGCAGCGAGAGAGCCGGCAUGAAGACCAAGUGGCUGAAGGCCUUCAAGUCGCUCAAGUCAUCCGGCUUCAACAAGGAUACCGGACAGGACAGGCGGAAUGGCCGGGAAGGCAGCCGGCCACCGGACGGACCGACCGCUGCCAGCCUUCCAGUCGGAGCUCACUGGUUCCAAGAGUACACCUACAAGAAGAUCACUGCCUGCGACACCUGCAAUCAGAUUCUCAGAGGAGAUGAGCCGGACAGCGCUCCUGCAUCUGUGUCGGGCCGCCCGGGCCCUCAAACGGCAGGGCACACGCGGCAGGGCCUCAAGUGCCGGUUGUGCAAGAUGAACGUGCACGUCGAGUGCCAGGGCAGCGUGCCGCGCUGUCAGCCCAAGUCACGCCUGCUGCGCCGCCAGAAGUCCACCUCCGAGCUGGAGACGCGCUACAUCGAGGGCGCCGAGGACCCCACCGGAGCGGAAGCCACUGACCCAGUGUAUGACCUGCUGAAGCAAGCGGCCGCCAAGCGCAAAGAGUCUUCCCUUCCACCGCCCACUCCCAUCAUUCGAGGGCACACGCGGCAGGGCCUCAAGUGCCGGUUGUGCAAGAUGAACGUGCAUGUCGAGUGCCAGGGCAGCGUGCCGCGCUGUCAGCCCAAGUCACGCCUGCUGCGCCGCCAGAAGUCCACCUCCGAGCUGGAGACGCGCUACAUCGAGGGCGCCGAGGACCCCA